UGAUCAAGAAAUUUUCGCCUCAAUCACCGCCAUCUUGGAUUGUUGAAGAGAUCAACACCCCUUUUUCCGAUAGGUGUCAGAAUAUUGUCCAGAAGUCUGGGCCCUUAUUUCUGGGCCUGGUAAAACAAUCUGAUAAUUUAUUUACAAUUUUGUCAAAAUGUCGGGCCAAAGUAUUAUGGACCGCUUUCAAGCGGCUAAAUUUAGUGUCGCCGGUCAAGGAUUGGCGAAAACGGUUUGCAAGGCCACCACCGAAGAAAUAAUUGGACCGAAGAAAAAACAUCUUGAUUAUUUAUUACAGUGCACAAAUGAACCGAAUGUGUCAAUUCCACAACUUGCUAAUCUCCUUAUUGAAAGAACUCAACAUCCAAGUUGGGUGGUUGUCUUUAAAUCACUCAUCAGUAUACAUAACUUGAUGAACUAUGGAAAUGAGAGAUUUACACAGUAUUUAGCCUCCAACAACUGUACAUUUAAUCUCAACACUUUUAUUGACAAGACUGGCUCGUCCUUUGACAUGUCUACAGCUAUCAGGAGAUACUCAAAAUAUUUAAAUCAGAAAGCCUUUUCCUACCGACAGAUGGCAUUUGAUUUCUGUAAAGUGAAGCGAGGAAAAGAUGAUGGUUUAUUACGAACGAUGAACACAGAUAAAUUAUUAAAAUCACUACCCGUAUUACAGCAACAAAUUGACGCACUGAUAGAAUUUGACACUUCUCCGAAUGAACUGACCAAUGGUGUGAUGAAUGCAGCUUUCUUAUUACUAUUUAAAGAUCUUAUUCGAUUAUUUGCAUGUUACAAUGAUGGAAUUAUUAAUUUACUUGAAAAAUAUUUUGACAUGAACAAAAAACAAUGUAAAGAAGGUUUAGAAAUUUAUAAAAGAUUCCUGGUGAGAAUGGAUAAAGUCUCAGAAUUCCUUAGAGUGGCAGAAAAUGUUGGUAUAGAUAAAGGUGAUAUACCUGAUUUAGCCAAGGGAUUGGAUGAACGAAAAAAUGGAGCACCUGCUAGUUUAUUGGACGCUUUAGAACAACAUUUGGCUCAGUUAGAAGGAAAGAAAGCUGGAUCACCCCCUGCUACAAAUGCCAUGCCAGCUGGUUUUUCGACAGCAUUAAAUACCAUAUCUAGUAACAGUACCGUUAAAGUAAGUGAUGAAGAAAAGAGACGAAUAUUAGAGGAAGAAAAUAACAGAUUACAACAACUCAAGGAACAGAGGGUACAAGAGUUAACAAGUUCCCCAGGUUCCACUGGAGUCACAUCAACACCUCCACAAAGUAACCCUUUCUCCUCUCCAGCUUCUCAGAAAUCUGGUAGUAUUGAUCUAUUUGGACCCAACUCACCAACAUCAGGCAUGCCUCCAGCAUCAGCUGGUGGUGCUGCUAGACCAAGCGAUGAUCUCCUCAAUAUGACCAGCAAUCCUUUUAUGGAGAGUGUGCAAAACGUGAUGGCAACAGCUUACUCAAAUAAUAACCCGUUCGGUGGAACAGCAGGUGCGCCAAUGGGUUCACCAGCGAAUAGUUGGGCUACUAAUGGUAACACAAACCCUCCUGCUCAAUCCAACUUCACGACUGAUGCAGAUUUUGCUAAAGCUUUUAAUAGCACAUCAACAGCUUCCUCAGCUGUUCUUGGUGUUACUAUGACAACAACUACUAUGGGACCAGCUGGUCCAACCUCUACACCUGCCCCACCAGGUUUUGACGCAUUCGGUGAAGUGUUACAACCGCUAUCAAACAAUACACCUCAGAGUCAACAGAAAUCAGCUCCUAGUUUAACAACUGACCUUGAUGCUAGUUUAGUACAAUUGGCUGGUAAUCUUAAUAUAAAAGGCAACAGUACGAGUCAGAUAAAAAAAACAGACCAUCAAUGGCAACCUAAGGGUGAACAGAAAUUAACAGGAGGAACAAAUUUUUCACCUAGACCUACAUCAGUUGGUACAACAUGGAAUCCACAGUUCCAACAACAACAACAACAGCAACAACCUAUGAUGGGAGCACCAGGUGUCCCAAUGGGUGCACCAAGAAUGGGUUAUGGAGCUCCAGGUAUGCCAAUGGGCCAACAACCUAUGAUGGGUAUACAGCCAAUGGGUAUGCAACAAAUGGGUAUGACAGGUGGUAUGGGAAUGCAGACAGGAUAUGGAAUGCAGCAACCAAUGGGAUUCCAACAACCAAGACCUCCAACAAGUCAAUCUAAUAUGAAUGAUCCAUUUGGAGCUUUGUGAAAAUGUGUAUAUAGAAUGUUUGUCUGAUAGCAAGACAGUCUGCUGAAUAUAAGCAGAUAGAGUACAACACAUACUGAAUCCUAUUAAACUGAUUGGUUUAAUAUUCACCAAUCAUUAGGUUUUAAUUGUGGAGUAGCAUUAUUAUUAUUAAUGAUGUUCAUAUUCAAGAUGCAAUUUAUUAAUUAUUAAGUCACUUGUUAAUUGUAUAUUGCAAAUGCACAUAUUGUAAUAACAGAUCUUAUAGAAGUAUCAUUGGUUUUCAAUUCAUUGAUGUAACCGUGACGAUGUUAUGUACUCUUAUCAAUGAAUUUAAAAACUAGUUUACAUAUGAUUAUUUCCAUGGCGAUAUUGCAUACACUCAUUCUUUCUCAAAUUAUUAAAAUAUAUAUUCAAAAUUAAAUUGGUUGCUAAUGUUACAGACAGUGGUUUCAAAAUCUCUAUGACAACUGGAGUGAAUGUCAUAAUUAAUAAUAGUUGUCAUGGCUACAGCGAUUAUAUGUAAACUGUAUAUAUGACUAUAAGUAGAGAAUGUUUGAUGUGCAAUGUGGUGAUUGAAGGUCUUAGUCUUUGUAUAUUAUAAAUAGUUAUAUAAACUUGUACUUACUGUAUUAUUAUUAAUAUUACUGUUAGAUAGCUUUUUUUUCCUUAGUUACUGGGUUAUCCCCCUUGAUUAAAACUAAUUUUGAAGAAUGGAAACCUUCAAAUUUGAUAUACCAGAAUAACAAAUGUAUGGUAUGAUUGAUCUCCUAAUUCUUAAUAUUUACCUGUGGAAGAAGAUUGUCAUCAGAUAAAAUACGGGAGAUAACUAACAUGUUAAAAAGGGAGAUAAUCCUGAUAUAAGGAUAGAUAUGGAGAAAUAAUAUAUAUAUAAUAUAGAUAAAUAUACAUAGUUAUAUUCAAUUAGGUUGUUGGAAAAUUACAGUAGAAAUUAGAAGUGAUUUACAAAAUUUAUCCCAUUUUAUUGUAUUCUCGUUGAAUAAUGUUUAUUGUACUCAUUUUAUCAUUCUAAGUCUGUUAUUUUAGUGUUAUUAUCAACAGUUUUUCUUGAUGAUCAGUUCGUACAGCUGUAACUUUUUAUUUAUUUUAAGAUUUACAAUGAAAAUUUCCCUAUGCAACGUAUGGAUUAUUAAGUGUGUAUCAUGAAUUUUUCAGGUGUAUGUAAAAAUGAGCCCCCAGAUAUGACUUACUAUAUACACUCUAUUUCAUUAGUUCUACAUCAACAUCACUUCAUUCAUCUUCUGUAAUACGGAACUGAGUUGUCUUAAUAGAUGUUUUCAGAAAUACAUUGGGAAAUACAGCUUUAAACAUUUCAAAAAAUGAAAGAGAACUCAAGCUAAAGUUCAGUAAAGCAUAAAUAUUUUGAUACCAUAUCAGAACAUGUAUUAGUUUUUAUGUUUCCUGACAAAUUUGAAUCCAAGAAAUUUAUUACGUUGAACAGGGGAAUAAAAGGAUUAAGUACUAAUUUCAUGUCUGUGAUGGUGAAGCCAUAUCAACACAAUGGAAUACAAGUAAUGUAGCAGUGUAAAGAAGCAAGAGAAUUGAUUGAGACCAAAGAAAGAUGUCUUGCUCCUUUUUUCAGUUCUACAUAAUUUGGAUUUCAUAGUGCAAAUAAAAUGAUUUUAGAUAACCAUAUUUAAUGUUUUCUUUGGAUUUAUUAAUGAACUCGAGGCAGGCCUGGAGGAAAUCCAUUUAUCAUUUAUUACUGGUUCAUAAAAUAUUUAUAUUGCGAACAUUCCAAAUUUCACUACAAUACUAAUACAUACAUAAUUGAUAAAGUUCAGAUGCAACUUAUAGACAAUGCAUACUUCUAGCAAAUACUUCAAAUUUAAUUUGUAUAAAUCAAAUUUUUUCAAUACAUACUUCUAGCAAAUACUUUAAGUUUAAUUUGUAUAAAUCAAAUGUUUUUUAAUCAAUAAAUACAAACUAUGUAGCCCAGUGGCAUGUAUUCAGGAAUUUGAGUAGUGGGGUAUCCAAGGUGGGGACAGCAUGAAGUUUGGCAUAUUAUAAGGUCUAAGGAAUUAUCUGAGAAUUUGAUCAAAUCAGAAGCUCUGGGACAAUAUUUCUGCUCAUUUAGUUGCAUACAAGUAUAGGGUUAGAGAGGAGUGAGGCCAAAAAGGCAGCAAUGCUUCGACAUUGUUUUGAUGAAUGUAAGAGGAAAAACAAACAUGUUCUGCGCUUGCAGAGGGGUGCCCAGAACCCCCUCUGGACACGUGCCAGUAGUCAGGUCCUCAACUUUCAGUUGAAUCUUUGUUUAAAAAAAAACAUAGUGUAAAAUAUAACUAGAUGUAUUAUUUAUUAUCUCAAUAUGUCUACGGACCUGAAAACAAAUGGAAGUGUAAAGCACUUCUGUUAAGGCCAUACAAAAAAAUAUUCUGGUUCUCAGACAAUCCUCCCAAAAAAUCUGAUGUGGAAGGGAGGAUUUUGUGUGUCAAAGCAUCACCACAGAGCUAAGUAGCCUCUCAUAAACAUCACAUUUCAAGGCACUACUCAUGUUUUUUAAUUAUAGGAAUUAUGAUUAUCCAGUAUCAUUUAUGAUUGUCAAUAACAUUGAACAAGGUUGUGUACUUGAUAAUUGACCCUACAAUACAUUUCCUUAUUCAUUCAUUAAUUUACGAGACCGUUUUUAUUUUUUGAAAUAAGAACAGGUCAUGUGGCAUUCUUUUAGUGGGGCAGGAGUAUCGGAGAAACAGAAUAUUCUUUUGACAUGACCAAUCUAUAGUGCACCACAGGCUUGAUAUUCCAGUCAAAUUAAACAGCUAGAAGUACAAUUGUAAUAGUCACUUAUUUCCAGGGUUGUACAAUUACUUUUAUCUUUCUUUGUUGAAUAUUUUGUUUAUAUUAUGAAAUCAAAUUUAUUAGACAAUUGUAAGAUUAUUGUACAUAUAUGAAUUCCUGUCAUAAUUGCAUGAUGGUCUAUUGUUUCUGUGAAUUGUUGAUAGCACUUUAGUACAAAUCAAAAGAGAUGUUAAAUAUAUAGUAUAUACAAGUCUGGGAAUAAUGAUUCUAGUUGUAACGAACUACUACCCGACAUAUUUUAACUUUGUGCCAGGUAUCAAUGAAAAGCAAAGAAAAAAGACAAGACAGUGUCAGACAAAUUGACAAGCAUCGGAGGAAUUAUUACCAACAAAACCUGAAUUUGUCCCUGACAUUGUCUGUGAAAGGUGCUUUAUUUCCAGGCUUGUUUAUAUAGAUUUUACCUGUAAUUCAUAUAUAGAAAUGUAUAUCUUGGCAAAUAUCACCUACUAACAUUGUGAUUUGCAUGCUAAUAUGGAGGAUUACGAAAGGUGUAGGUCUGUUGAAUUUCGGCUUUAAAUUCUGUACAAUUGUAUUUUGAGAAAACUGCUAAACCUUUGCUUAUUACACUUACAGCCAGCACUUGCAUGAAAGACCUGUGACAUAUCAAAUUUUAAUAUUUUUUUUCUUUGAUACAGGUUCAUCUGAAAUCGUCUGUGUUAAAUAUAAAUCAUGCAGUAUAUGCGGUCAGUGAUAUUUGAACAAGAAUUUAAAUGUUCAUAGAUGUGAGCAUAAAUUAACUAAGUAACCACUGUGUACCUUUGAUUCUAGAUAUCAUUGCACGAAUAAUAAUGAAUGCCAAUCUGUAAAUUGCGAAAGAGGUGCAGAAUUAUUUGUAUAUUGGAUUUAGCUGUAAAUGGUAUUUAUAUGAUGUGCUUAGUGAUAUAUUCAUGUCAUUGUCAGCUUCAAACUGUACAAAUAUGAGAAGAUAUCGGUAGUACUAGUACGUACUUGUAUUCAGUCAAUCUUAAAUAAAUUAGCAAUGGUAGUCAUUCGUUAGAUUAUAUGUGCCAUAGAAUGAAAUGAAUCAAAGUAUAUAUAUAUAUAUCUGAACAAUAGUGUUUAAAUAUUUGUUAAUUAAUAAGUUCUAGAUUAAAAGAUCUUACUUAGGUAUGAAUAUUCAUUAAAUGCACCUAGUUUAAAGCAUAUGUACAGUAUAUUAUUAUAAAAUUAAGAGGUUAUUCAUAAUUGUCAUUUUAUAGAGAAUUUCACUUUCAAAUUAUCUGUAGUCCUUAUGUACCAUAUUUGUGUCAGCAUAUUUAAUGUACUUUUGUAUAGAUAGGUCAUAGGUCACUAGGCAUAUGUUCAGUAUUAGUCCAAAAUAAUUCAAAAUAAAAUGGGCUUCUGUGAUUGGCUAAGUUAUUCUGUAGCCUGCUGAUGUCACGUCUGAUGUAGCAGAUAAAUAUCACUAAAGAUAAAUAAAAGAGGAAAAUAUA